AUGGGGCCCGGCCAGGAAGUGCAGAUCUACUUCUGGGACAGCCGGGACGGCCCUGGCAUGUGUGGCUGGUGGUUCGGCGCUGCGGUGGGAGGCGACAUGGUGUGGUCCUUCCGCCCCGGCGAGGCCCCGACUCCUCCCAGGACUGGGUGGAAGGUACCCUUUGAGGGCCAGGUGGACGCCAGCCUGGUGGUGAACGCCGCGGCCAACGGGCGCCCGCCGUCGGCCCCGGCGCCCCCGGCCUCGGGGGUCUUCGGGGCCCCGAAGCCCCCGGCGCCGCCGGCGACGCCGGCGAAGGUGGAGGUGGGCCAAGAGACCCACAUCUCAGUGGGAGGCUGCAUUCACCCGGUGGUGGGCACCAUCGUUAAUGGGAACUUCGUGCGGACCGGGGAGAACCACGGCAAGCCGGUCUACAAGAAGACCGAGCAGACCAAAGACGGGGUGGACGUGCUUAUCUACUUCUGGAACGACGUCCAGAACCCCUCCUUCUGCGGCUGGUGGUUCGGGCCGCAGGUGGGCGCGGAGCAGGUCUGGGCCUUCAACCCCGGCCGGAUGACGACGGCCCCGCUGUCCGGGUGGAAGGUGCCUUACGACGGUCCGGUGGACCAAGCCUUCCGCAUCUCCGUGGACAGGAAGGCGUCAGCGGAGGAGAAGCGGAAGCGCAAGGAGGUCGAAGCCAAGCAGCACGCAGAGGUGAACCGCGCGGCCAAGGAGAUCCGUGCAGUGCUGGGCAAGCUGAAGGUGGUGAGGGUGGAGAACCUGGAGGAGUUGGAAGGCGAGCUGAAGACGGUCAUGGAGAAGGAGCUGGGCAACUGCGACCCGAAGGCCAAGAUGCAAGAGGAGUGCGACAAGGCUCUCGAGCAGGCCAAGAAACGGGUGGAGCAGCUUAAGGAGGCCCAGGCGAAGGCGGAGCCGAUGAUGAAGGAGCUGGAGUCUUUGCUCAAGGUGGCCGAGGUGGCCAUGGAGGCGCUGCAAAAGAAGAUCACCAAGAGCUCCUUGGAGGAGGCGGAGGCAUCCACGGAGGCCUGCUCGAAGUACAUCAUCGAGGGGGGCUCCGUGCUCACCAUGGGCGAGGCGCGGCGAUUGAUGCGAGGGAGGCCCCUGGCGAGUCCUGGCGAGUAA